UAGAACACAUUCUGGUCCAUGUUUUACAUCUCAUAUAAAGCACCCCCUCUCCCAGAUAUCAAAGAUCACAAAUUUACCUUCAUACCAAGCCUACCAUCUCUGAAACAUCAUCGUCAUCCAAUCUUUCAUUAUUCAAAUCCCUAGUUUUGUUUGAUAGAAAUCAGAGUUUUGAUCAGAAGCUAGCUGAGCCAAGAUGGGUGUCACCAAAAUCAGCCAGAAGUUUAUUACUCAGGUAACUCCAGAAAGGAUGUUCAAGGCCUUGAUCCUUGAUGCUCACAACCUCUGUCCCAAGCUCAUGUUCUCUUCCAUUAAAAGUAUUGAGUUCCUUGAAGGUGAUGGAGAAGUUGGAACCAUCAAACAGAUCAACUUCACUGAAGCUAGUCCUAUGAGAUAUGCAAAACACAGGAUUGAUGCUCUGGACAAGGAGAAUCUGAUGUGCAGGUACACCUUCAUUGAAAGUGAUGCAGCAGAACAUUUGCUGGACAAGGUUGAGUACAUUACAUAUGAUGUCAAGUUUGAAGGGUAUGGCAGGGGAGGAUGCAUAUGUCAUUUGACAAGUGAAUACAAAGCCAAAGAUGGUACUCAGAUAAAAGAAGAGGACAUUGAGCUAGGGAAAGACAGAGCCAUUGGAAUGUAUGAAGUCCUAGAGGCCUACCUCAUGGCUCAUCCUCGUGCAUACACUUGAAAGUAAAACAUUUCAAGAGGUUGUAGAAAUUAAUUUUUGGGAAUUAUGAUGCUGUGAACAAUAUAUCUAACAUGUACUGUUGUUCAUGUUUUUGUUUCCAGACUUAAUUUUGUUCUUGUACUUUAUAUUCUGUAUUUUCCUGUUGUUAUCUACAAGAUUGUGAUUAAUAUGGUUCUAGUUCUGGCUUUGGUUCU